AUGGACGUUCACAAUGCUUUUCUUCAUGGGGACUUAGAUGAAGAGAUCUAUAUGGAAGUUCCACCAGGAAUUCGCAGACAGGGGGAGGAUAAUCUGGUAUGUCGACUGCGAAAGUCUCUGUAUGGCCUGAAACAAGCGUCUCGACAAUGGAACACCAAAAUUACUGAAGCAUUGAUCACGUUGGGUUUCAAACAGUCAAAACAUGAUUAUGCCUUAUUCACAAAAGGACAAGGUAAAUCAUUCAUAUGUCUGGUAGUUUAUGUAGAUGAUAUCCUCAUAACUGGAAAUGAUACGAUCGCCAUAGAACAGCUGAAAAGUCAUCUCCAUAAGUCAUUCAGGAUUAAAGAUUUGGGAUCUCCAAAAUAUUUUUUGGGGAUUGAAAUUGCUCGAUCUGCAGAUGGAAUCGUCCUCAGCCAAAGGAAAUAUGCUUUGGAGUUAAUAGCAGACACUGGAUUAUCUGCUUGCAAACCAAGUAUAAUCCCAGUAGAACAAAAUGUCAAACUCACUAGUCAAGAAUACGAUCGUAACAGUGAAACAGCAGAUGACUCGCCACUACAGGAUCAUCUCGAAUAUCAACGACUAGUGGGACGACUAAUCUAUCUCACAAUGACCAGACCAGACAUUAGUUAUGCAGUUCAGAUCCUCAGCCAAUUCAUGCAUGCACCAAAACAGUCCCACAUGGAUGCAGCUUUAAAAGUGAUUAAAUACCUAAAAGGAUGUCCAGGUCUAGGGUUAUUAUUCCCUCGCGAUAAAAACCUGAAAGUAAUGGCUUACUGCGACUCAGACUGGGGUACAUGUCCUAUGACAAGGAAAUCAUUGACAGGUUUCUGUGUAAAACUUGGGGAUUCUCUUAUCUCAUGGAAAACAAAGAAGCAACCUACCGUCUCUCUUUCUUCAGCUGAAGCAGAAUAUCGCGCAAUGGCAAAAACUACUUGUGAAAUAAUAUGGAUUCGUGGUCUAUUAAAAGAUCUGGGCGUGAUAAUCUCAGAACCAGUUGAACUCUAUUGUGACAAUAAGGCAGCAAAGGAUAUCUCUACCAAUCCAGCCUUCCAUGAAAGAACUAAGCAUAUAGAGAUUGACUGUCACUUUGUAAGAGACAAAAUACAGGAAGGCUUAAUUAAACCUUAUCACAUUCGAACCACAGAACAGUUGGCUGACAUAUUCACCAAACCUCUGGGAUCAAAACAACAUUUUUAUCUCUUACACAAGCUUGGAGUUUAUGACAUCUACAAACCACCAGCUUGA